AUGGCAGAAAAUCCAGAAGUAGUGAAUGAUAAUACCAACAAAACCCUUCGGGACAUGAUGUUCCCGAACAAUCUAAACCUCCGGUCGUCUGCCAUCGUGCUACCGGAGAUCACUGGAAACUGGGAGCUGAAGCAUACCCUGAUUCAAAUCUUGCCCAAGUACAGUGAUAUGCCCGGGGAGGACUCUCAAAGACAUCUUCAGGAUUUCGAGAUGGCAUGCGGAACAGUGCGCACUGCAAGCCAAGCACUUGGUGAAUACAUCCGACUCCUUACUUUUCCGUUCUCUCUAUUAGAGGGAGUGAGGGAGUGGCUGUACGAUUUGCCCGAAGGAAGCAUCCGGACUUGGCAGGAGUUGCAAAGUAAGUUCUUGGAGAAGUAUUUUCCUGCAGCCCGAAUCCAGAAUUUGAGGACACGAAUAAGCAACAUCAAGAUGGGGAAAUUUCAGGCACUGGAUACGAUGGCUACUGAUGAACAAAUUCGUGCUCUACAGGAGCAGCUGCAACAGCUGUUGGACGCUCAAGCUGCUAAAGAAGCUCAGAAUCAGCCUUCGAUUGCAGAGAUGUUCGUUCCUCAGUAUAUUUACCAGGAACCUCCACGAGUCAAUUUUCAGCAGUAUGAGGGGGAAAAGCUGGCGGAUACUUGGGAGCGAUAUCAGGAAAAGCUCAGAAAGUGUCCGAGCCAUGGAUUUGAUGAAAGCACACUUGUGAUCAUGUUCUACAAUGCCUGUGGGGAGAGAACACGGAUGCAUAUGGAUACAGCUGCAGGUGGUUCUCUGCUUCAGAAAUGCAGUUCCGAGGCGUGGAGCAUCAUUGAGAGUAUGGCUGCUACGAGUUUUCAAUGGCCAUCAGAGAGAGUACAAUUGAAAAGGGUGGCAGCUGCUUCCAGCUCUGAUCCUAUGGCAGUGAUGGUUACACAGCAAGCAGCGAUUGCUACGCAGCUGGCAGAGCUGACUACUAAGAUUAAUGCGUUGACCAUUGGAAAUCAGGAGCAAGCUGUGAGAGAUCCCAUAUGCAUAGAAGAUGUAAAUUUUGUCAAUGGCCAAAACUAUGAAAAUUUUCAGAAGGUACAGCCAGGAAUGUACAACAGAGGGCAGCAGUUUCAGCAGCAGUAUCAGCCAGGAGGGCGCCCACACCCAAAUCUAGCCUAUAACAAUCCCAACAAUGCUUUGCAACCUCCACCGGGAUUUUCUUUGCAGCAAUACAACAACCAAGGAUGGAGACAGCAUGAAAACCUCAGGUACAACAACAACAACUAUCUGGGGCCGAACCAGGGGCAACCAAGUAAUCAACAGCAGUACUCGCAACAACCUCAACAGGCAAGAGGAUCCUCCCUGGCAGAGCUUGUGCAUCAAAUGUCACAACAACAAGUAAAAUUCCAGCAGGAGACCAAAAAGUUCAUGAUGGAGACAAGGGGAGGAAUGCAGAAUGUGAAUGCCCACCUGUCACACCUUGCCCAAGCAGUAGCUCGCCUGGAAAGCAAACAAGGAGAACUUCCUGCCCAAGUGGAGGUCAAGAAGGUAAAUGCUGUGACACUCAGAAAUGGCAAGGAAUUACCCGAAGUGGUUGGAAAGAAAACUCAAGAGGAACCAGAGGUUAGUGAAGAAGUUGGAAUGGGGUCAACAGAUGAGGAAGAAUUAGCUCAAGAAAGGGAAAUCAAGAAGAAAGCAGCGGAGAAAGGCAAAGAAAAAUUGAGACACAUUGAGCCCAUAAUCCCCUUCCCAGGCAGAAUGGCCAAAGAACAGGAAAAGGAAGAAUUGACCGAAUUGGUGAAAAUCUUCAGAAAGGUGGAAGUCAAUAUGCCCCUUCUGGUCGCACUACGCUCUAUGCCCAGAUGCGCUAAAUUCCUAAAAGAGCUCUGCACCCGGAAGGUUAAAUACACUGAUGAUGCCAAGUUCCAAGUGGGCGAGUCAAUAUCCGCAGUCUUGCAACGAGAUAUGCCGAUAAAGUGUGGAGAUCCAGGGAUGUUCUACAUUCCUUGUGUGAUAGGGACCAUGAAGGUGGAUAAAGCAAUGCUCGACCUCGGGGCAUCCAUUAAUGUUAUGCUUUUAUCCAUGUAUCAGGACCUGGAGAUAGGACUGCGGAAGCCUACCCGAGUGGUAAUUCAACUGGCAGACAGGUCAAAUGUGUACCCAGAGGGGAUACUGGAGGACGUUUUGGUCAAAGUGGAGGAACUCAUUUUCCCAGCAGACUUUUACAUCUUUGAUAUGGGAAAGUCAAAAGCACGCGACCCAGUCAUGCUUCUAGGAAGGCCUUUUCUCAAAACUGCCAGGACACGUAUCGAUUGUGAUACGGGCAAAUUGACAUGCCAGUUCGAGGGAGCGACAGUAACUUUUGAUAUAUAUAACGCCAUGAAGCAUCCAGCUGACACAGAGAUGGUGAAUAGUGUCAAUAUAAUCGACAGGGUUGUUGAGGAGGAAUUGCCCAGAACGACACUCAGGGAACCCCUCGAUGUGAUAAUCUAG